AUGUUGGCCUCAAUACGUCACCAAAUUCACGUGAAAAACUUUUACAUAUCUUAUUGUGGGAAUCAAGAGGAAGUGUUAUGCUUUCUGCCAUUUCUCAGACCUGGUUUCUUGAAAACAAUCACAUUAGAUAAUCGAAAAUCAGAAAAUGCUUAUCUUGAUCAAGUCGUGAUUCUCCCACAAGUGAUUCAAGCUGAACAAGUUUGUUUUGACGAGUUCGAGAAGGAUAGGAUUCCGAUAGAGUCAUUUUGGAACAUCCCUAAUGUUCGUAUUACGAAAGCCACUUAUAACUUUCACGAGAUGAAUCAGCUCAUUCAGCAUUACUUCAAACAUGACUAUUUUGAAUACUUUGCGAUGGCUAGAGUCGAUGAUGACUGGUUUCCCAAGGACUCCAAUACUUUUAUUGAUGACGAGAACAGGAAAUCAAUGAUAGUGAAAGGGCCAAAAUUCGCAAUCAAAAUUGUUCAUAAGUUGGAAAAAAGAGCUAUUGUUCUGAAUCGGAUCCUAUUCACAUACUAA